UCACUUUCAAAAUGGCUCACGCCGUUUGCUUCCUGGUACAACGAAACUGCCGGGUACAAGAAGUAUGGCUUCAAAUAUGACGAUCUCUUGAUUGAGGAACGCGAGGACGUCCAACGUGCUCUUGGUCGCCUGACGCCUCGCGAACAAUACGACCGUGCUUUCCGUAUCAAACGGGCUUCUCACACUAGCGUUUUGCAUAGGCCACUUCCCAAGGAACAGUGGAUGUCAGCCGAGGAGGAUGUUCGCUACCUCGCUCCACACGUCGAGGAGGUUGUAAAAGAGGACACGGAGAGAGCCUACUGGGAUAACCUUACUGUCACCAGGAAAUAA